UUCGAGUAAGACUUGAUUUUGCGCCAGUUUCGUUGCUGUGGAAGGAGCAGGAGUGAGAGAUGUAUGCCUCAGUACAGAAGAAUGAGCGCUUCUCUCAUUGACUGUGUGGAUGGAAGUGAUGAUUAUGUAGUGCAGCAGGAGAAUGAACUGGAAGCGUUGGCAUCUAUAUUCGGGGAUGAUUUUCAGGAUAUCCGGACUAAACAUCCGUGGAAGAUUAAACAACCUCCAGAGGUGCACCUGUACCUGCGUCCCAAAGGCCUGAGUCAUGGCCAAGAGUGUUACGUAACCGUCGAGUUGGAGGUUAAAUGUCCACCAACGUAUCCAGAUUUGCCUCCAGAUCUUGAACUGAAAAACGCUAAAGGUCUCUCCAACGACAAUCUUCAGAACCUCCAAGCUGAGCUGGCCAAACUAGCCCAGGAAAGAUGUGGUGAGGUGAUGAUUUACGAGCUGGCGGACUUAGUGCAAACCUUCCUGACUGAACACAAUGUUCCUCCUCCUCGCUCCUUUCAUGAGGAGAUGCUGAAGAACCAGCAGAGGCAAAAAGAGCGUUUGGCGCUCGAGGAGCAGGAGAGAAUUGACCAGCGUCACAGACAGGAAGAGCAGAUGCAAAAUGAAAUUCUUGCUGAAAUUCAGAGACGAGAAGAUGAGAGGCGAGAGGAAAAGAAGAAAAAAGAAAUAGCCAAGCUGGAGCGUUUGGAGAGUGUGGUGCAGCCCUCAGCAGAGAGCCCGACUUCAUCGUGCAUGGCCAGUUCCCCUGUAUCUUCCAGAGAAAACUUUGAGAACAAGAAAGGACCGUCAAACAGGCGGCGUACCACUUCUAGCAGCAGACACAGACGAGACACUUUCAGUGAAGAUAAUCCAAUCCUUCAUGAAGUCCUACACUUCAGCAACAGUGCCAUGGGAGAGCUCUUUGUUCACAGAGGGAAAUGUAUAGGUGAGAGUGAAAGGCUGGGUCGGAGCGUGUAUAACGGUCUCAAUGCCACCUCUGGAGAGUUUGUUGUUGUAUAUGAGUGGAUCCUGUGUUGGAACAAAAAGAUCGGAAAGUUCUUCACCACCCAGGAGAAAGAGAAGAUAGACAAAUGUAAAAAACAGAUCCAUGGAGCUGAGAGUGAGCUGAACUCACUGUUAAAGCUGGACCACCCCAACCUGGUGCACUAUCAGGCACUGAGCUGCACUGAGCGUGAUGACUGCCUGGUUGUGGACCUCCUGGCUGAGCAUGUUCCCGGUGGCAGCCUGGCACAGAGCCUCUCCUCAGGCAAACCGGUACCCACCGAUCAGCUACGGCUCUAUGCAGCCCAGCUGCUCUCUGCCCUCAACUACCUCCAUGCCAACUCGGUGGUACACAAGCAGCUAGUGGCCUCGUCUGUGCUAGUAGAUGCCCAGGGCAAUGUAAGGCUGGUCGACUACAGCCUGGCUAAACGGUUAACCGACGUGUGCAAGGAGGACGUCUUCGAACAGCCACACGUGCGCUUUAGCGAGGACGUGAUGCCCGCACACACCGGCAAAAAAGGAGAUGUUUGGAGUCUCGGGCUGCUUCUCCUGGCAUUCUCUCAGGGACGGGAGGUGAAGGAAUACCCUGUUACUGUUCCCUCCAGCCUUCCUGCGGAUGUUCAGGACUUCCUUAAGAAGUGUUUAUGUCUUAACGAUGCUGACCGCUGGAACACUCAGCAGCUUCUGGAGCACUCCUUUCUACACCCGCCUUCACCAAAGAGCUUUCCUCCAAGCCAGGAGCCUAGUCCAGAUGACAUGGAUGUGGAUUUUGCAACAACGGUUAUUCCACGGAACCCCCUUCUUAGUGUCCCAUUCAGUUCACUGGGCCAAAACCAAUUCUCCCGUUACUUCAAUGAGUUUGAGGAGCUUCAGCUGCUGGGGAAAGGUGCUUUCGGAGCAGUUAUAAAGGUCCAAAACAAGCUGGACGGCUGCUACUACGCCGUCAAACGGAUCCAGGUGAACCCGGCCAGCAGACAGUUCCGCCGUAUCAAGGGUGAGGUGACCCUCCUCUCGCGCCUCAACCACGAGAACAUCGUGCGCUAUUACAAUGCCUGGAUCGAGCGACACGAGGCGCCCUCUACCGGGGUGCUGAGCAGUGACAGCUCAGAACCACAAAACAGCCCAGAGCGGUCUUUGCGAGCCGUCGCCCUGCCCCGCCGCAACGAGUUCGGCCUUCUCGACAACGUCGAAGACGAUGCCCCGCCGCCGGCGAUGGCUAGCUCUGUAGAGUGGAGCACCUCUCUGGAAAUGUCGUCAAGUGCCAAGUGCAAUGCUGCUGACUCCAGUGAUGAGGAUGAUGACGACGACGACGAAGCAGAUGUGUUCUGUCCAUCUUUCCUUCCCUCCAACAGCGACUCAGAAAGUGACAUCAUCUUUGACAACGGUGAAACCAGCGGAGACAGUGUUAUGCAGGAAAAAUCAAAUAAAAGAACAGGAGUGGAUACUACAGAGAGCGCGGACUCAGAAAAGCCUCCCCUUACUGCUUAUUAUUUGUAUAUACAGAUGGAAUACUGUGAAAAAAGCACUCUUAGGGACACGAUCGAUCAAGGCCUUUACCAGGACUGCAGCCGUUUGUGGAGACUCUUCAGAGAGAUUCUGGAUGGCAUUGCGUACAUUCAUGAACAGGGAAUGAUCCACAGAGACUUGAAGCCUGUCAACAUCUUCCUGGACUCUCUGGACCGUGUGAAGAUAGGAGACUUUGGCUUGGCUACUGACCACCCAGCUAAUGUGGCUUCAGGCAAACUGGAGGUGGAGGACAACAGCUCAGCUCAGGUGCUAAAAUCUGAUCCAACAGGCAACUUGACUGGAAUGGUUGGCACUGCAUUGUAUGUCAGCCCAGAAGUCCAAGGGAACACCAAAGCUACUUACAACCAGAAAGUGGAUUUGUUCAGUUUGGGGAUCAUCUUGUUUGAGAUGUCUUACAGACCAAUGACCACAGCAUCUGAACGUAUCUCUGUCCUCAGCCAGAUAAGAAAGGAGUCCAUCAUCUUCCCUGAUGAUUUUGGUGAACAUGACACUGAGACACAGAGGAAAGUGAUACACUGGCUCCUAAAUCACGACCCUGCUCUGCGACCCACCGCUGUGGAACUUUUAAAGAGCGACCUCCUCCCACCUCCUCAAAUGGAAGAGUCAGAGCUACAUGAGGUGUUGCAGCACACCAUGGCUAACGUCAUGGGCAAGGCCUACCGCACCAUGGUGAACCAGCUGUUCUCCCAGAGCAUCUCUCCAGUCAUGGACUACACCUACGACAUCGACAUUCACAAGGGCAGUUUUCAUUUCAACAGUGCAAAACUGCAGCAGUAUGUGUAUGAGACGAUCACCAGGGUCUUCAAAAAACAUGGUGCAGUUAAAUUGCAGACACCACUGCUCUUGCCCAGAAACAGAAAGCUGUAUGAAAGCUGUGAGCUGGCCUGCUUUAUGGACCAUAGCGGCAUGCUGGUCACCCUUCCCUAUGACCUGCGGGUGUCGUUCGCCAGAUUUGUGGCCAGAAAUAGCAUUACACACAUCAAAAGGUACAGCAUUGAGCGAGUGUUCAGGCCACGGAAGCUGGACCGCGCUCAUCCCAGAGAGCUGCUCGAAUGUGCUUUCGACAUUGUGGUGCCUGUGACGGCCAGCUUGCUUCCUGAUGCAGAGACCAUCUACACAAUCUCUGAGGUCAUCCAGGAGUUCAGUGCUCUCCAGGAAAGAAACUACACUCUGUACCUGAACCACACCAGCCUGCUACGAGCUAUUCUGCUGCACAGCGGCGUUCCAGAAGACAAACUCAACCAGGCGUCCGGCAUCCUGUGUGACUCCAUGAGUGAGAAACUGACGAAGCGGGAGGUGGAAGCCAAGUUCUGCAACUUGUCCCUGUCUAAUAACAGCUUGCAGAUGCUGUACAAGUUUAUAGAGCAGAAAGGAGAGCUGCAUGAACUCCUUCCCCUCAUCAACUCUCUGAGCAAACAGAAAACUGCAGCCGUUACUCAGCUGGUCAAGCAAGGCGUCAAAGAUCUGGAGGAGCUCACGAGCCUGCUCAAGAGACUAGGAGUUAAAAUACAGGUGGUGGUCAAUCUGGGUCUGGUGUACAAGGUACAACACCACUGUGGAGUCAUCUUUCAGUUUGUGGCCUUUAUUAAAAAACGAAAGCGCACAGUGCCUGAUAUAAUAGCAGCAGGAGGACGCUACGACCACAUGAUCCUCGAGUUUCGUGCACCAGCAGCCACUGCUCCUGUUCCCUCUGCUGUAGGGGCCAGCAUAGCUCUCGAUAAGAUCUGUACUGCUGUGGCAGCCAUGGAAGAACCACCUCCUGUUAGUACCUGUGACGUGCUGGUGGUCCCAGUAGGACACACCUCGAUGAGUAGGGCCGUUAACGUCACUCAGAAGAUCUGGACAGCCGGAGUGUCGGCUGAUUUGGUCUACGAUGCCUCACAGUCUCAGGAGGCUCUGCUGGAACACUGCAGGCUUGCAGGCAUUACGUUCAUGGCUCUCGUCUCGGACAAAGAGGGCAAUUAUGUAAAGGUGAAGACUUUUGAGAAGGACCGUCAGUCAGAGAAGCGGAUUCCAGAAUCGGAUUUACUUGAUCACAUAAUUCAAAGGUGUCGGACCAGACUCUCAGAUGAGAGAAGUCGAGAGAUAUCAGAGGGCGUGUCUCUCCAGAAUUCCAAGGGGUCCUUGCUGGUAAACUCAGCGUCGGCGGAACAGCACGGAUGCAGCUCCACGAUAAACAUGAACGUGAACUUGGUUACGCCAGACAAGCUUUCAGCCAGCGCUCGACGACGCUACGAGACACAGAUACAAACCAGAUUGCAGAAUCUUGCUAGCAAUUUGCAAAACAAGAGCAAUGACAUUGAGGUGCUGGCUGUUGACUUGCCCAGGGAAACUCUCAUCAACUUCCUGUCCCUGGAGUUUGAUGGAGAGGAGCAGUUCAACAUCAGCGUCAAACACCUGCUGUCCCAUCUCCCCAAACAGCGCUAUCUGAAGUCCAUCUGUGAGGAGAUCCACCGGUUUAAAAUGAUCAAAAGGGUUGCAGUUGUCGUCUUGUACAGUUACAGAGAUGACUACCACAAGAUUCUUCUCUAAUCCAGUCAUUCCCCUCAAUAUACAAUACAGAGCUGAAAUACUCAGUGACCACCUCUGAGGAGUGGUGUUAAAGAAUUAGACUUACUGUAAUGAAUGCAGAGAAAUGAAUGUUCAAGUGACAGAUGAAUCAUUAUUAUAUGGGUCCAGUAGUCGCUACAGCUUUGCAUUUUGGUAUCCCCCAGUUCCUACUGUAGUGAUCUCUUAUCAAGCUGAAUUUCCAAAGCAAAUAUACACAGUAAUUUCACAAGUGUUUACUUAACUAUGUAUUAUAAGUGUUACAAUAGAUACAUUAAAAUGUA